CCCCUGGCGCCGCGGGCCGCGCUUUUGUCCGGCGGGGCCGGGCCGGGCUGGAUCGGGACCGGGACCGGGACAAGGACCGGGAUCGGGAUCAGAACGGGGAUCGGGACCGGGACCGGGACCGGAGCCGCCCAGCGCCGGCCGGGCCCUCCCUACAGGACGCGGCGGCGAUGCUGUGACCUACAUUCGCGACAAGGAGGUCCCCAGCCCGCCGCCACCGCCGCCGGGCCAUGAAGCGACACAAGUGAGGGCCCGGCGCGCCCGCGGCCAUGGCCAGCCCGGCACCAUGGACACAAACAGAGCUGACGCGCUGGCAGGGCGAGGAGGAGGAGGAGGAGGAAGAAGACGACUUCGAAAGGCGGAUGGACGAGGAUGGGGUCAUCGGCCUGGGGGAGGGUGCCAGCAGCCCACCGUGGGGUGACAGUGAGGACCUGGAGGAGGGGUCCGCGGCAGAGGAGGGGCGAUGGCACCCGCGGCAGGAGGAGGACGAGGAGCGGGGCAGCUCCGGGGGGGACGAGGGGCCCUGGGGGGCAGAGAGCGAUGGGGACCCCUACCCCGAGCUGUCCUCCGGGGGCCGCUGGGGCUCGGGCUCCAGCGGCAGCCCCGAGGCGACGGGGGAGGGCCGGGCUCUGUGCCAGCCCCGGGGCUGCAGCACGGACGGGGGGGGCACCUCGGGGCUGUCAGACACCAGCCCUGGCCCUGGCACCCCGUCCCGCCAGCACCGGGGCUGGGGCACGGCCGGGGCCACCACCGGGGAGCACAGGCAGGAGUGGAGCCCGAGGCGGAGCCGCCCCGUGCAGCUCUCCGCCCAUGGCCCCGGCCCCGAGCGUGUCCCUGGCACAGCGCUGGCACCUGCUGGCUUGGCACCCUCCGGGCAGCCCCAGGGCGCUGGGAAUCCCGCGGCACCCCAAGGGCACGGCAGAUCCCGGGUGCCCAAGAAAGCAGCGCCCGCGGUGGUGCCCCCCAGGCCCGCCCGGCAGUCGCGGUCCCUGAGCCCCCGCAGGCGAACGGGUGCCAAGGGGGCGAAGGAUCCCCCGGGAACGGGCACCGAGGGCACCCAGUACGGCCGAGGGCGCCUCAACCACCCCCUGCCCGACCUGUCCAAGGUGGAGGCGCGGGUGAAGUUCGACCAGAGCUACCGCCCGCCCCGGGGCCGGGUGCUGCCCGCCCGCCCCCGCGGCCCCAUCGCCUUCAAAUCCCCGGCCGAAAUCGUGCGGGAGGUGCUGCUGAGCAGCGGGGAGGGGGCGUCCCCGCAGCCCCCCAGCACGGCCGGGCUGCCGCAGGAGUUGAGGUCCCCCAGACAAGCGACAGCGCUGGUGCAGCAGCUCCAGGACGACUACCACAAGCUGCUGACCAAGUACGCCGAGGCUGAGAACACCAUCGACCAGCUGCGCCUGGGUGCCAGGGUGAGCCUGUUCUCCGACCCGCCACAGCCCAGCCGCAGCCUCGCCAUGGGCACCGUGGCCACCGGGAGCCGAGUGAUGACCCUGAGCAUCCCGCAGGGGCGGACAGCGGCUCUGGGCACGGCCACAGCCCCGGCCACAGCCCCGGCCUCACCACGUGCAGCUGCAGCCCCGGGGCCGCCAGAGCGGGGGGUUUCACCCCAACCUCGGUCCCCUCCUCCGCCCGGGGGGGGCUGCCCCACCUGCCCCGGGCCGUGCUGCUGCCCCGGCCCCCGGCUCACCCGGGCCCUGGCGGGGCAGAGCCGCAGGCUGCAGGCGCAGGUGGAAGCCUUCGAAAGCUGGGUGCGUGCAGGGACUCCCACACCCUCGGAACAGCUCCAGAGAUUGAGGAUGCUGAAGGACGCGCAGGAUGCGCUGGAGCGGGAAUACCUGCGGGGCCGGCAGCAGCUCCCGGAGGCUGCGGGGGGGUUCGAUCCUGACCGGGCAGUGGAAGGAGAGAUUUAUCGCCUGGGGCUGCGCCUGGAGGGGCUGAAGGAGCGGCUGGAGCCCGGGGGCACGCGGCAGCCCCUCCAUCAGCCCCUCCCUCAGCCUUUCCCUCAGCCCCCCUCGCAGCCCCGCUGCCCCCCAGCCCCGUCCCCGCCGCCAGCCGCUCACUCCCCACACCCCGAGAGCCCUGCGCUGGUGGAGGAUCCUCGGGGGACAGCCGGGGACAGCGAGGGGGUGGCAGGGCGGCUGCCCUGGCCCCUCUGGCACAAGCAGCACCAAGCGGAGGAGGAUUUCGGGGACCUGCUGGAGCAGUACAAGCACUUCAAGUCCUUGCCGGAGUCGCUGAGCCUGGAGCGGCUGAGCCUGGCGGGGAGCGGGUCCCAGGAGGAGGUGGAUGCACCCACGGCAGGGGACGGUGGCCCCAGCAAGGUCCCCUGCAGGACACGGUCACUCGAGGAGGCGCCCAGCCUCGAGCCCUUGCCCUUGCACCUCCCGCAGAGAAGAGCUGCGACGCUUCCCCCCAGAGAACCCCCAAACCUGGAGAAGAUCCAGGGCCACCCCUCUCCUGCCACCCCUGAGGAGCCACCAGCCUCUGCCAAGCCUGCCCUGGGGGUCCCUGGGCCCCCACGGGUGCCCCUGUCCCUCGGUGGGACAGGCAGCAGUGCCACCCAGCACGGGCCCCGCAAGGAGCAGCGCAUCGUGUCCCCAGAGACCGACAGCGGCUUCGUGGGCUCGGAGGCCAGCAGGGUGUCACCCCCCGUGCACACCCCCGAGCACCAUCCCCCCGGCCCAGGGGCUCCGGGCUCGCUGGGACCUUCCGUCCCCAUCCUCCGUACCCCACAGAAGAGACAGACGACCCCGCUUCCCUCCGAGACAGCACUGUGGGCAUCUCCCCCCCCGGGGGGCACAGAGGGGGCCCGGCUGCCCCCCAGCAGCCCCUCUCAGAGCAGCUCCCCCCCUCGCUGGGCCGAGAGCGCGGGCAGCGACGGGGGGCCGGACCCCGACGCUGAUGGCACCCACACGGACUCGGAGGUGGGGGACAGGAGCUGUGCCAGCGCCGGUGGCCACCCCCCAGCCAUGGCCAGGAGCCCAACCAGCCCCCUGCCCUCUCCCGAAACGCCAUCCCCCACCCUCCUGUCCCCCGACCUGCCGUCCCUCGACCCGGCUCACUGUGACCUGCUGGGCUCCCGUCUGGAGCGCGACCAGGCCAUCCGGGCGCUGCAGGACGAGGUGUGGCGGCUGCGGCGGAGCCUGGAGGAGAGCCUGCUCCGCUCCCGCAGCCAUCCCGAGGGAAAAGCCGCUCCUCGUGUCACCCCGGCCAGGAGACAGCCGGUGGCCAGCGAAACAUCGGCCCCCCAGGACCCAGCACCCUCGGGGGAGCCGAGCCCGCCGGUGCGGGGCAGGGUGGCCCCCGGGGUCACACCCACGCAGAGGGCAAGGUCGGCAUCGCUGCCACGGGACAAGCCGCAGCUGGACCUCGGUCUGCAGCGCGGUCCCAGCGGAUGCCACCCCCCUUCCCUGUCCUCCGCCGAGUCAGAGCCCUCGCCCGGCGGGCCCCGGGCACCCCCUGCCCUGCGGAAGCACCUUGGGAAGCCCCCGGGGGUGACAUUCCAGGGACAGUACGCAGGGACACGGUACCAGGCGGGGACACCACGUGCCACCCCGGCACCCCGAGAAGAGCCGGGCACCUCGGGCUGUCCCCGAUGUCACAGGGGCAGGACGGCAUCAGCUGCGUUUGGGGGAGGUGACACCCCCCGGCAGCCCCAGCACAGCACCCCCAGGGGAACGUCCUGCCCCACCUGCCGGGCACCCAUGGGCAGCAGGGACACAGCCACACACGCAGAGCGUGGCCCUGGUGGCUCCUGUCCCCCAGGCCCCCACGCUGGAGCCGAGAAGCCGGAGCAACCCGGAAUUUGGUACUUGGCAGCCAGCCCUGCUGCCACCGUCUGCCUGGCACCCGUCCCCCUCGUGCCUUACGUGCCCUCCAUGCUCUACUGCUCCCCAGCAGUUCCUACCUCAGCCCCAGCCCUGGCCGGGGUCCCCCUCGGUGUCCCUGUGGGUCCCCAGCGGGCAGAGCGUCCCCCCCGGCCCCGGGGCCACCACCGCUGCCUGAGCCUGGACCUGGAGGAGCUGGAGGAGCUGAACUGGUCCCUGGGCCGGGCUGUGGAGGCCGCCCAGAGCGUCAGGCUGACCACCAGCCGCAUGAGCCGGGCGCUGGCCGCGGAGCUGGGCCGGCCGCGGGGCCAGCGCGGCUCCUGCCUCUUCUGAGGGCCCCGCCGGCCCCUGCAGGCCCCGUGUGCCAGGAGCGGGGACAGACCCUCAGUGUCCCUGCACUGCACCCUUCCUGCCACACCUGGGGCAGCAGGGCCCCGCUGGCCCCUCCAGGCCUCCUGUGUGCCAGGAGCGGGGACGGACUCUCAGUGUCCCUGCCCUGUGUGUUCCAUGACAAACCUAUGGCCAGCAGGGACAGAGGUACCUACAGACCUUCUGUGCCACUAGGAGAGGGGACAGACCCUCAGUGUCCCUCACUGUGUGCUCCAUGACAAACCUGGGGGCAGCAGGGCCCCACCAGCCCCUCCAGACCCUCUGUGCCCCCAGGAGAGGGGACAGACCCUCAGUGUCCCUCACUGUGUGCUCCAUGACAAACCUGGGGGCAGCAGGGCCCCACUAGCCCCUCCAGACCCUCUGUGCCCCCAGGAGAGGGGACAGACCCUCAGUGUCCCUCACUGUGUGCUCCAUGACAGAUCUGGGGGCAGCAGGGACAGAGGCGCCUCCAGACCCUCUGUGCCACCAGGAGAGGGGACGGACCCUCAGUGUCCCUGCUCUGCACCCUCCCUGCCAUGCCUGGGGCCGGCAGGGCCCUGCCAGCCCCUCCAGGCCCCCGUGUGCCAGGAGAGGGGAUGGACCCUCAGUGUCCCUGCCCUGUGUGCUCCAUGAAAAACCUGGGGCCAGCAGGGCCCCACCAGCCCCUCCAGACCCCCAUGCCCCCAGGAGGGGGACGGACCCUCAGUGUCCCUGCACUGCACCCUCCCUGCCACACCUGGGGCCAGCAGGGCCCCGCCGGCCCCUCCAGGCCCCCCGUGCCACCAGGAGAGGGGUGGACCCUCAGUGUCCCUCACUGUGUGCUCCCUGCCACACCUGGGGGCAGCAGGGCUGGAGGUGCCUCCAGGGGCUCCUGCCCUGGCUCCCACCCACUCCUGCUCUCCCUGCAGCCCCUGCAUGGCCUGUCCCUCUGUCUGUCCCUCUGUCUAUCCGUCUGUCUGUCUGUCUCCAGGACCCCCCAGGCUGCAGGAGGGGCGAAGGCUGGGCAGCAGUCCCCAGCAUUCUGCAGCACCCUCCCCUGGGAGCAGCAGGGUGGCCCCGUGUCCCCCCAGGCCGGUGGCCACCCCACCCCGAGCACUUCUGGGGGUGCUCUGACCUCGUGUGGGUCGAGCCCCCUUGGCAGCUGUGUUUACCUCUGUGCCUGUGUGGGCAGAAUUCCCUGGGAUCCCCAGGAUCCCCUAACCCACCCCUUUCCCAGCCUCCAGGCCUCCUCAGGGGGCUGUGCCCUCUGCCCUCUGCCCUUGGACUUGAACCCAGCGGGAUCCUCCCUGGGGAAGUUUAUUUUUUUGGUGGUUUUUAUGUGAAUUUUUUAGCUAGUAAGCAGCUAAAUCACUCUUUGGAGUGAUGAUUGAUGAUCUGUGAUAUAUGUGUAUCUAUAAAUGGAUAUAUCUAGAUAUAGGCAUAUCUAUAUUUAGUUAUAUGUCUGUAUCUAGAGAGACAGAUAUAAAUAGAUCUGUGCAUGUCCAGAUCUCUGUCUGAUUCUAUAGAUAUAUUUUUCUAUAGAUACAUAUAUAUAAAUAUUCUGGUUACAUUCCAACCCUUAGGGCAUUUGUGGGGUUUUUCUGGUCAUCCCUGGAUGUGGCCACCCACAGCAUCAUCCAGGCAGAAAAUAAAAUGAAGGAUUUGAGGAUUUUCCCCUGGGAUCCUCAGGGAAGCUGGGCUGGUGGACGAAAAGUUACCUGCUGAGACCAAAGCAGGUGUGAGUCUGUGGAGCCCCUGCUCCUCCCAGCUGGGUUUCUAAGGAGUUAAUUCCUAUUUUUUAGGGAAAAGGAUGUGGUUGGGGCAGCUUUUCCAGGGAUAGGUCCAGCCAAACCCCUGUUCCACCCCCAGCACCUCAACCUGUGUUUAUCUGUAGGACUUACCUGAAGUGCCAGUGUCAAAUGUAUUUAUUUUUCUUUUAUUUGUUGUACAAAUACCCACGUUUGGAGGGGGGAUCAGUGAGGGACUCAGGUCUUGGAGCCUUCCAAGCUCCCCCUGAGCCUGAUCCUGACAUGAGCCCAGAAGGGUUUGGAAUGGGGCUGUCUCCUCCUCCUUUUUUUGGGGUGAUAGGGCUGGGUUUGGGGGAUUUAAAAGAGGUUGGGGGGAUUUUAAAGAGGUUUGGGGGAUUUUAAAGAGCUUUUAUGUGUCUCUGGUUGCCUCUGCUCGUGCCCGUGCCCCAAGCUGGAAGCUGUGACUCCCCCAGCCCAGGCAGGGUGUGAUGGGAGCGUGUGGAAAGUGUGGGUAAUUAUCCCAAAUGCAGUAGCCAGGACCAAAUGUUGGGGUUUUUUUCCUUAUCCCCUAUUUUUUAACGCCCAGCAGAGCCACUGGGCUGGUAUUUUGUACGAAGAAAUCACCUAUUUUUGAAGGAAAUAAAUGCAGUUGGAUGA